AUGCAGAAAGCGACAACUCGCAAAGGCGACGAUCGCUCUCAAGGGCGGCGUUCAUACAUGGUCGGCGUUCACGAAGUGCUCGAAGUGCUUUUGGAUUUGCCCGAAGGGCAUCCCUUCAGGAAGCCGCUUACCGACGAGCUGACAAAUAUACAAUCAUUACGCGAGAAGAUCCUUGCCAUGGACCCGGACGUCGACGAAGAAAAAUACGGUCGUGAUGCAUACCGACUAACACUCGUUGGCCAGCUGAUGCGCGAUUGCAUCGAUAUGGGUUUCCUGGGACUGGAUGUGGGCUUAUUGGACGGAUCCGACCUUCACUUCGAUCCGUCGGCUGCGGUUGACUCAAUACCCCGAGAUCGUCCGAAGGCAUUAUUCGAACCAACAAGGUCCCUAACCGAAUCUACCAACCAGCCCACACUCGCAUCUUCCGCGGUUGACCCUCAUUCAACUUCAAGCGCAGGUGACACGCGUCCCUCCUCAGACAGUCAGUCAUAUACCCCCGAGACUGCAGCCUUCCGUCCGCCGCUCCGUCGCGUAACAGCGCGCCCGCUGUCCUCACAUCCUGAACCGCGCACACCCGCACGUCGGCAGCAGGAAUCUGGAAACCCGAUUGCUUGCCCCAACUCAGAAUCGGCGUUGAAUGCCCAGCGAAGGCAGACACUCGCUGAUCCCGGGCAUGUUCAUGUCACAAUGAACGGAGAUGAGUUCCAGGGUGGCUUCAUUCCAUACGUCCUUGCUGACAGACAACCUUACGCGUGGCCCCAGCAUGCAUACGAGCGGCAACCCAUGCUACGCACUUGGCGAGACGAGGAUGGCUACCUGAAUUUUGUCGUCGUGGAGUCGGACUCUUCGUCCGCAGCCGCCGGUCGCAUUCCCCGUAGCCUGUUCGACACCCAAAACAGCGAGCAGUUUCUUGAGUUCGCUCAUGCGAAUACCCCGCGACCUUAUCGCCCAAGUGGGCCUGGACCAGAGCAUCCGCGAAACCGACAGAAUGCCCCCAACCGCCCGAUGACGCUCGCUGAGCCUGUAGUGCACAAUGCCCCUGGGUCGUGUAGCACGACGACACUCCCUCCUGCAGGCAGCUUGUUGUUUGAGAUUCCACCUUCUCACAAUACCUCCGCCCAGCCUUGGGCAUAUGUUGAAACUUAUUAGAAGACAUGUUCCACUAUUGUAGGGAUUGUUCGCCCGUUCAUUCUCCGCAUGUAUACC